GUCUCUUGUUCCUCAGCUGUGUCCCCAUACCUUUCUGUCCCCCACUACCCCUUUUACUUCCCUCCCUCCCCUCCCCUUUUCCCUUGCCCAUUCUUCCCCCCCGCCCCGACUUCUCCUCCUUUCCUCAUUGAUUUUUCCAGUCCGGUCACCCUCACCCCUCGGAAAAUACCAUAGCGACCUUCCCUGCACUCCUGGGUCUCCGCCGCCUUGCAGGAAAGGAUUCAGCCCCUUCCUCAACCUGGAACUGCCUCUGGCGACGGGGAAAGGUUACAGCGACCACCCUGCCCAUACUGCCGGCCCAAACCCUGGCAAAAGGUGCAACGAAUCCUCUCAUCCUCUGGAAUCUCCCUGCUUCUCCAGAGACCCUUUUUCUUGCCUCCCUGGAAGCCCUGGAAUUUCUUCUAUGACUGGCACGACCCCCUACCCACCCCAGCCGAUUCCCUCGCGGCCUCCACCAUCUCUUCCACCCCCACAACCUUCCUCGCACUCAGGGAGAUGUUCUUUUGAGUCCUCUUCCCCACUCCUGGAAAGGACCUACUGCCGCGAGCCCUGCUACUCGGGUUCCCCACUCUCCAGCCCUUAUUUUGAGCAGUUCAGCAUUCCGGGGUCACCCCCUCUCUGUCAGCGGACCCCUUAUUGCAGCUGGAUGAAUCCCUCGAGAAUGCGGCGUGCCUGUCUUCAAGGCUGCCACAGAGCCCAAAUUCCCUGCCGUUCGACUGGCUUUGCAGUAUUUUGACAUGACUUACAGUGUGCAGUUUGGAGAUCUUUGGCCAUCAAUCCGUGUCAGUCUCCUCUCAGAGCAGAAGUAUGGUGCACUGGUCAAUAACUUUGCUGCCUGGGAUCAUGUAAAUGCUAAGCUGGAGCAGCUGAGUGCCAAGGACUUUGUGAAUAAAGCCAUCUCCCACUGGGAACUGCAGUCUGAGGGUGGCGAAUCUGCAGCCCCAUCCCCUGCCUCCUGGGCCUGCAGUCCGAACCUUCGAUGCUUCACUUUUGCCAGAGGGGAUGUCAGUCGCUUCCCUCCUGCCAGACCUGGCAGCCUGGGUGUCAUGGACUACUACCUGAUGGAUGCUGCCUCCUUGCUGCCUGUCCUGGCCCUUGGCCUGCAGCCUGGGGACAUUGUGCUUGACCUGUGUGCAGCUCCUGGGGGAAAGACACUAGCGUUGCUUCAGACUGGCUGUUGCCGCAAUCUUGCUGCCAAUGAUCUCUCCACUUCCCGAGUAGCCAGACUACAGAAGAUCCUUCACAGCUAUGUGCCUCAAGAGAUCAGGGAUAAAAAUCGAGUUCGAGUUACCUCAUGGGAUGGCAGGAAAUGGGGAGAACUGGAGGGGGACACCUAUGACCGGGUGCUGGUGGAUGUGCCCUGUACCACAGACCGCCACUCCCUUCAUGAGGAGGAGAACAACAUCUUUAAGCGGUCAAGGAAGAAGGAGCGACAGAUAUUGCCUGUGCUGCAAAUGCAGCUACUUGCGGCUGGACUCCUUGCCACCAAACCAGGAGGCCAUGUUGUCUAUUCCACCUGCUCACUCUCACACUUACAGAACGAGUAUGUGGUGCAAGGUGCCAUUGAACUCCUGGCCAAUCAAUACAGUAUCCAGGUGCAGGUGGAAGAUCUGACUCACUUCCGAAGGCUUUUCAUGGACACAUUUUGUUUCUUCUCAUCCUGCCAGGUUGGCGAACUGGUAAUACCAAACCUCAUGGCCAAUUUUGGCCCUAUGUACUUCUGCAAAAUGCGUAGGCUGACAUAGCAUCACCCAAUCCCUGAAGCAAGAAGACAAAGGGUAUACUCUGUUAGAGGCACCAGAAACUGGAAACUGGGACCAGUGGCAGAGAUGCACUCUGGGUCCUGUCUCCAUCCUGUUCGUGUCUUUCUGCAGUUUUUGGCAAUAAGAAGUAGAAGAUUUUCUGUCCUGUUGUCCAAUUGUGGAGCAUCAGCAGGUUUCUACUCACUCAUUACCCCCUGCCCCAUAUCCAGGCCUGCACCAAAGUUCACUGCCCCCUUAGGGGCUUAGAAGGAGAAGCCAGUGAGCAGGCUCACACUAAGUUGUAAACAUAGGAAGAAGCAUUUGGCCAAUAAAGUUGUUGAAGCUCUA